CAAAAUCAAUCAAUUGGACAUUCCUCUUCCUCUUUCUCUGAAAAUUUCCAACUACCCAAGAACCCUAUUUGUGUGGAUUUCAUGGAGAAUUCGGUUGCAGAACGCAAGACUGCCGAGGUUAGUGAUUCCAUUGAACAACCCGUCCGGCGUCGACUUGUUCAGUCAACACUGUUCCCAGAUAGAUUUCCAUGUGUUCGAGUUAAAGAAGAAAAUGGAGAAGAUAAAGCAGUAGAGGAGGAGGACGACGCCGACGAAGGAGAGGAGUGUCGUGGCAGUGCGAGCAUGAGUAAGAGUAAGAGAAAAAGGAAAGCUAAGGCCCAGCAAAAAGCUGAUACCAAGGAUCCUGUUACAGGCAACGAGACACUAAGCCAAAGAACAGAAAACAGAAGAUCUCCUGUUACUUUUGGUAAGAGAAGCCCUCAACAAUCAAAGAAGAAGCCAAAGCAGGCUAAUACUACGCCUAGUAAAAGCCCAAAAUCUGGUGGCCUGAAGGGGGCAUGUCAUAUUCGUUCACUAACAAUUACGAAGUCGGAUGCUGAAGAAGACAAAGAUAUCCAUAGUGAGGAUAUGUCACAACCAGUUACUGACUUACGGUUAGAGGCAAAAAUAACAGCAGAGGAAAAUGCACGACUGUUUGCUGGAAAGCAAACACAUCCAUUUUUCUCUUUAUGGAAAGCAGGUAAGAAAGUUCAGGAGACUCUGGAGACAACUAUUGUGGACAAUAAGGGUUGCUCACUUCUGAAUGAGGAUGAAAGCACUUGUGGCCCUAUUCAUGUAUUUGAGGUGCUGCAGGAGGAGCAUGUCUUUCUUGACUGGAGAAAUUGGGUAUUUCAUGACGGAACCUCGCUUCAUUCUACUUUUGCUUCAGAAAAUUCACGCUCUCCGGUCUUUGAAGGCUCUGUUCAUCCUUUGAAAUUUGAAAACUUUCUCACCAUGUCUAAUCCCCUUGAAGCAUCCUUAAUUCAGACUGAGGUGCCUUUGGAUCAAUCGCAUUCUCAAGUGGAAAUGUUGACCGCAGUGUCACCAACAGCAUUUUCCUUGUCAUCUGAUAUGGAAACGGCACAAAAUUACUUAGAAAUGGUCCAUGAAAGAGAUAGAGUUGGUUUCUUCUCUGGAAAUACUAGUUGCGCAUGUAAUUCAGAUCUGAAGUCACAGGACAGGAUUAAGCCAUAUUAUCAUGAUUGUGCUAAUCUGCCUAUUGGCAGCUUGUGGACGAAUAAGUAUGAACCGGGAAAUGCCUUCCAGGUAUGUGGAAAUGAUGAAUCAGUAAGGUUUCUCAAUGAAUGGUUGGGGUCUUGGAAUGAGAGAUAUCUUAAAAAAAGUAAAAAGUCAACUGUUGAUGUUGAAUGUUCCAGUCAAGAUGGUGAAGAUGGCUGGUACCAAAUUGAUUCUGAUACUGAAAACAUGGAUGAAGGACAUAGCCUCAAGAAUGUUCUCUUGGUUACUGGACCAGUUGGGAGUGGGAAAUCUUCUGCCAUCUAUGCUUGUGCAAGGGAGCAAGGGUUUGAAGUAAUUGAGGUCAGUGCUUCUGAUUGGCGAAAUGGAACUGUUUUGAAGGAGAAGUUCAGAGAGGCAGUUGAAUCUCAUCGGUUUAAAUGGACAAAAAGGAAUCCCACACGCUUAUGGAAGAAACCUACACCUGAACUUCUGACAAACCAGCAAAUUAGUAAAAUGGUCCAUGAGAUCCACAAUGAGGUGAUUGAGCUCACCUCCUCUACUGACGAGGAGGUAUCAGCAGACACAAAGGAAGGGUCUGGAAAUGUUUUUAAGCAAAAUGGAACUGCCUGUGGAGAAGGUGCAAAGAAAACUCUUAUUCUCUUUGAGGAUGUGGAUAUAAUUUUUUAUGACGACCGCGGUUUUAUUGCUGCUAUACAACAGUUUGCUAGAACAGCAAGGUGUCCGAUAAUACUCACAAGCAAUUGUGAGGAUCCACUUCUGCCAGAUAAUUUGGACAGGCUUGAAGUGUGUUUCACAGUUCCAUCUCUGAAAGAACUUGUUUCUCAUAUAUACAUGGUCUGUGCUGCAGAAAAAGUUGAUAUUCAACCAAAGUUGAUAGAGCGAAUUGUUGAAUGUUGUCAUGGUGAUAUUCGGAAAACCAUUAUGCUUCUCCAGUUCUGGUGUCAGGAUGGACAAUAUCAAGACAAAAACAUGCACUAUCUGUAUGGUCCACUGCAGUUUGAUAUUGAAGCAGGGCAUUGGAUUUUACCAAAGGUAAUCCCUUGGGGUUUCCCUUCUCAAUUAUCAGAUCUAGUGGAGAAGGAGAUAACCAAGUCUUUGUCCAUGGUGCAAGAAAAUGCCAGCUUAAUGGAGCCACUGGAAAAAGAGUUCAACUCUAAGGAAACACAGGAUGCCACGGAAAUGGGUAACACUGAAACAGAGAGUAUUAUGGCAAAGAAGGAAUCCAUGUUAAGUAGAAAUUGUUCCAUUCAUGAGGGCAAUCAAUUUUCAGCUCAAUUAGAUGAUGUUUAUGAUUUACCUGAUUUGUCAGGCUCCCCAGUUGCAUCCACUCAGAAAACUUCGAAACGUCGAAUGCAUACGGUUGUCUAUUCAGACUCUGAGGAUGAGUUAUCUAGUGGAAAUCCUCCUGUUAAAUUGAAAAAUCUGUCUGGGUAUCAGAGCAAUGAUUUAUUGUCAGGUAUGUCUGUCCAGUCAAUUUGUCCAGAGGUGGGAACUCAGGACUUGGACCAAUCUGCUGACCCACAACAUCAUACUGAAAGGGCAAAAUCGGAGGGAAAUCAUUAUAAAUGUUUUGACACAGAAAGUGAUCAGCACAUCAAUGAGAGAGAGAAAUGGAUAGAUAUUUCAUGUGUACCAGAAUCAUCAUUUGUUCCUGAAACUGAAAUUAGUUAUGGAGCGCCAUUUCUGUCUAGGACAGUAUCCUGUGACCAUGUUGCUGUUACUGUGGAAACAGUUUCUAUGAGUUGUAAUGAGUCAAUGCAAAGAAUGUCUCUGAUGGAGGUUGACAACAUAGAGAAAACUAUGCCAGAAUUCCGAAAUAAUUCAGACUACAGAUCAGGAAAUACCUUUAAUAUCGAUGCAGAACUAGUUAAUGGAGAUGACGAGGUUGGGGAUUCACAAAAUGAACAUUCGAAGCCUGUAACCAGAGGAUAUCAAGUGAUGGAUGAAUGUAGUCGUAUUAAUUUCCACAAUUGUUCCCCUGUUGAGAAUCCUUGGGGCACAGUGGAAGGUUAUUCAGUUCAGGAAACAUGGAAAAAAUUACGUCUCUGCCGCGUAGAUCUGAAAUCAUAUAUCACCCCUCAACAGAGGGAUGCUUAUCAGAUGGUGAGACUUACUUCUCGAAUGACCCAUCUGAUCUCGGAUACUGAUUUGAUGCUCAGUUGCUGUCAGCUGCUUAUUAGUGACUCCUUGGAAGCAUCAAUGGUUCCUUGUGUUGAACCGGAUUCAUUCUGCUGGUACCAUGAUCAAGUUGAGAUAGCAUCAACAACUGCACAACAUGGUCUUUGCUUUUAUGGAAAGGAAUCUGCUGCAAAGGCAUUGAAUUUAGGUUCCAGAAACAGAGUGGAUUUGGCCUGGGAGAUGUUGACUUCCACAACUAAUACAACAGCCAUGGGAAAGCUGAUCACCCAAGAUAUGAAUACAAGUCAUACUUCAUGUGGCAGACGUUGCUUGGAUAUCAAACUACCAAGAAGUGGGAUUUCAAUGGACAGCUUAGUAUCACGUCUUUAUGGUACAAAUCAGUCUAUAGUUCCGCCAAAAUCUUAUUUCGCAUUGAUGGGAGCUGCUACCCAUGAGUAUAUAUUUACAUUGGGCCAAAUUUCAAGGUCAGAAACUUCUCGUUUGUCAGAAAACUCUGAGAAGACAGAACGACAGCGCAGGUAUUCUCAACGACACAGAGCACAGGCUGCUCAGCACUACUUGAAUUCUGGUGCACUUAUGCUGUCUGAAGAAGAUCUGGUUUUGCUGGCUCAACAAGGCUGCUAUGGUAAGGUAACGUCAGAAUCAAUGGGGAUUGAUACAUAGACCAGAUGUUCCAGGAAGAUGGAGGGUUGCGUCAGGUUUUCAUCUUGCUGAUGGCUCAUUGAACUGCUGGGCACUGGUCUUGAUAGCAUACCAAAAUUUGUAGAUGAAAUGCUUUUCAAAGAAAGGUUGGAGGAAUGGGAUCAACUGGCACUUGUGCUGUAAACCUGAAGUAGGGACUUUUCCUGGGAUUCCCUCUUGGCAAUGAUUGUGGAUGAACGACAAGAUAAUGUAUCUCUCAUGAGGAGAUUUCUGAGGCGUUUUUUGAAGGCUCAGCCGUCCCUUGUAACAAGAAUUAUCAUAAAUCCAUUUAAAUAUAAUUUAUUAUAUAAUGUUCUGUUGCCUUGUUUUUCUUAAGCUCACAAAAAAAGAAAAAUUUGUAUAGUUUCAGUCUAUAAGAAUGAAAAUAGCUAUUAAUUGUUGCUCUUAAUGAAUUUAAUCAUGUUGGAUGCAGGAGCUGACUUCAUCCAA